GGCUCCCGGCGCGGGGCGGGGUGGGGGCGGCGGCGGGGCGGGGACUGGAGCGCGGGCCGCCCUGCGCGGUCCCAGCCGCCGCGUCCGUGCCGCUCCGCACCGACACAUGGAGGCUCCGCGGAACCCCGCGCCCGGGCCGGGAGGCCCGGAGGCCGCCCCCGGGCGUCGCGGGCCGCGCCGCCUGCGGCUGUCCGACAUCCGAGAAGAGCUGCGGGCGCUGCUGGUGCUGGCGGGCCCCGCGUUCCUGGUCCAGCUGAUGGUGUUCCUGAUCAGUUUCAUAAGCUCCGUGUUCUGCGGCCACCUGGGCAAGCUGGAACUGGAUGCUGUCACCCUCGCAAUCGCCGUCAUCAACAUCACUGGUGUUUCCGUGGGGUUCGGCUUAUCCUCUGCUUGUGACACCCUCAUCUCUCAGACGUUCGGAAGCCAGAACCUGAAGUACGUGGGGGUCAUCCUGCAAAGGAGCGUGCUCAUCCUGCUCCUCUGCUGCCUGCCCUGUUGGGCACUCUUCCUCAACACCCAGCACAUCCUGCUGCUCUUCCGGCAGGACCCUGACGUGUCCAGGCUGACCCAGACCUACGUCAUGGUCUUCAUUCCAGCUCUUCCUGCAACCUUUCUUUACAUAUUACAAGUUAAAUAUUUGCUCAACCAGGGAAUCGUACUGCCCCAGAUUGUAACCGGAGUUGUGGCCAACCUUGUCAAUGCCCUUGCCAACUAUCUGCUUCUCCAUCAACUGCAUCUUGGGGUGAUAGGCUCUGCAUUGGCCAAUACGAUUUCGCAGUUCACCCUGGCUCUAUUGCUCUUUCUCUACAUCCUUGGGAAGAAACUGCACCAAGCUACAUGGGGAGGGUGGUCCCUCGAGUGCCUGCAGGACUGGGCCUCCUUCCUCCACCUGGCCAUCCCCAGCAUGCUCAUGCUGUGCAUCGAGUGGUGGGCCUAUGAGGUCGGCAGCUUCCUGAGCGGUAUCCUCGGCAUGGUGGAGCUGGGAGCUCAGUCCAUUGUGUAUGAACUGGCUGUCAUCGUGUACAUGAUCCCUUUGGGCUUCAGCGUGGCUGCCAGCGUCCGGGUGGGAAACGCGCUGGGCGCGGGAGACGCCGAACAGGCGCGGAAGUCGUCGGCGGUGGCGCUGCUGGUCACAGCGCUCUUUGCUGUGACAUUCUGUGUCCUGCUGUUAUGCUGUAAGGAUCUUGUGGGGUACAUUUUCACUACUGACCGGGACGUCAUUGAUUUGGUGGCUCAGGUGGUUCCAAUUUAUGCUGUUUGCCAUCUCUUUGAAGCGCUUGCUUGCACUUGCAGUGGCAUUCUGAGGGGAAGUGGAAAUCAGAAGGUUGGAGCCAUUGUGAAUGCCAUUGGCUACUACGUGGUUGGCCUCCCCAUUGGGAUUGCGCUGAUGUUUGCAACCAAGCUGGGAGUGAUUGGUCUGUGGGCAGGGAUGAUCAUCUGUGUGGUCUCUCAAGCUGUGUGUUUUCUAGGCUUUAUUGUUCGGCUAAACUGGGAAAAAGCCAGUCAACAGGCUCAAGUACAUGCCAACUUGAAAGUAAAUGUGGCUGAGAACAGGAACUCUGCUCUUUCUCCAGAUGCGCCGUGCCCAGGGGGCCCUGAAAACCAUGAAGGAAUUUUAAUGGAAGAUGUUGGGAAAAAAGGCCAGAUUCAGUGGGAUCAGCAGAUGCACCAAGAAGAACCUUUGCCAGUCCAUCCACAGGACAGCACUAGGUUGUCUGGAAAACAGCUGGUGAUGCGGCGAGGGCUCUUCCUCCUGGGAGUUAUUUUAAUCUUGCUGCUGGGGAUUUUUGUGAAAUUAUAUGUCAGAAUUCAGUGACAUGACAAGAGAGAAAGAAAGUCACUUCCAAUCGUACUUUUGAGCUUACAAACAAAUAGGCCCAGUAGUGACGAUUCAUUUUCAGCAAACGUAAUUCAGCUAUGCCAUAGACUUGAAGAAUUGGGAAUUCAAAGAUAUAUUUUUCUUGUAACCUCACCACCACGAGUCCACUUGCUCCAGGCUUCUUGGGAUUGGCUCCAGUCAUGGUCCACAAAUUUGGCUCAGAAUAAACCCCUUCAAAUUAAAAAAAAAAAAAAAAAGAUAUAUUUUUCUAAUGAAGAAAAGGAACUAAGGUAAAAGUAUAUUCUGUGAGAGGUUAAGGACUGAAAAUGAGAGAUUAUUCCAAGACAUGAACGAAGGCAAUCCAAGUCCAGGCUCUGUGUGGGAGCAUGGCCUGUAUUCACUUGGUGAGGAGCAGGCUGAAUAUGAAAAAGAAAUCAGCAUGUAGGUUAAAGUGGAGGAGAAUAUAAGAGUUUGGAGGGGUAGGGAUUGGUGCAUUCAUUCCUUCUUGGGCGGGAUGUUUCUAUUUGGGUGAGUCCCUACAUUAGACCCUAUCAUCCUGAUAUUUUUUUUAGAGACAGUCUCACUUUGUUGCCCUUGGUAGAUUGCUGGGGCAUCACAGCUCACAGCAACCUCCAGCUCUUGGGCUUAGGCCAUUCUCUUGCCUCAGCCUCCUGAGUAGCUGGGACUACAGGUGCCU